GUUGGCGGGAUUGACGUUUGUGACGUAUGUACGUUUUACGUAAAAGAACAAGCCCUAGUUCUAGCUGUAGCAACUAGCACCCGGUAGUUUUUUUUCCUAUUGAUUACUUAUUGUACGCGGUUAUUAUAUACAUUUAGGUGUUCCACUUGGAUGAUCAGACAAUAGCCUACGAUAGUACAAAUAUGGGUCUAGGCUUUUUAUAGCACGGACUGUGUGCAGAACUAUAUUCUGGACCCAAGGACCGUUUCAAGAAUCAUCGAUCAUGCAGAGAAGUCAAGGACAACACUUAAGAGGACCCUUCUCCGGGAUCACAAGCAUGGACGAAGGCUUUACAAAAAGCAAUGAUCUUUUUUGCUUCAGCUGUGAGAAUAUAUUUCCAAGCAUUGCGUUUUUGGAGGAACACUGUUGUCCAGCUGCGACUCACAUCUGCUCUUGUGGAACUGAGUUCCCUUUGUAUUUGGAUUUGGUUGCCCACAGCAAAACCCACCCACCUGGACACAGUGUUGUUGACCAUAAAGCUGUAAGAAGGCGCAGAUUUGAUAGGGAGCAGGAGGAGAAUCUCAGACUUUCCGCUCAGCAGGGCCCCUCGUCUUUAAUUGGUUUCAGCACCAAACCAGCAUCCUCUUUAGAGGUUGUGUCAAAACGGCAAGUCCCCCUGCAGUCAACUCCACCUAAUUCCGAGAGGAUUUCUAAACUGUUCCGUAGUUCAGCUGCACCAACUGUGGACCUCUGGACUAUUUAUCAACCAGUGGUGUUGAUAAAGAUGCCAUCGUUUAAGAAUAAAGGGACUUAUCGUUGUGGUAAAUGUUUGCAGAGAUUUUCAACAAAAAGCAAUCUCGUUUUGCACUACAAUACUCAUGCCAGAGAUAAAGUCUUUGGGUGUAUAGGUUGUGGAGUGCUUCUCUCCAGCAACAAAUCGUUGCCUCAGUACCAUCAAUGUAAUUCGCCCAACAGUUUCCUUGCAGCAGGAGUGAUCACGACUCGUGCAGUUUGUGGCCAAAAGCCCAACAUGCUAUCUGGGGCACAGACCGUACUUCCAUCUAAUAAACAGCUUAACGCAACGGCCCCUAAAAUUAUACGAUUGAAGACCUAUGCUCGCCCACAUUCAAACCUGGCAAACAAACCCACGCAGGCAACCUUUACCAUGGAUGCAUUCCCUUGUGGAGUCUGCCGUGUAGCAUUUGAAAGUGUUAAGUUACUUCAGCGGCACAAAUGCAUCGAAGCCCAGAGAAUUGUGCUAAAUAAGUCCAUACCCAGACCACAGUCAAGCACUCCGUGGCGGAGCAUCACUGCCCUGAAGAGCCCGUAUCCUCUCCCCCAAAAAGCAAGAAGCAAAAACCAUAGGGUUGCACCUUUCAGCGUUGGCCACGCUUAUCGAAACAAGAAUGUGGUGCUCACCAAUGGGCAAGGGGGGCAGCCUGUAAGAGAGAAAACUGAUUUGGAUUCAGAUGAUGACUGUUAUAUUAUUGAAAGCUCCUCGAAAAAAGCUAACAAGAUGUGCAAUUUAUCCUCAUCCCUCUAUCUUCAAAAGAAUCAAUGAAUGUAUGUAUAUGUGUAUGUAUAUAUGUAUGUAUGGUGGAUCACAUUUUUUCUUAUUACAGUGGGCAGAUUUUGCAGCACUUUUUCUUUUUCUUUUCAUCAGAACAAGUUGUGGAUUUUGUGUAAUGAUUUUCGGGAUGUAGAUAGUAUGGUAUUUUUUUUAUUUUUUAUGAUCUUGAAUGAGAACAAAUGUAAUGGUUGACCAAAAAAUGCCUUUUUUCAGAAUUACAAAAUACUAAUGAAAUAAAAACACGUAUUUUGAAGCUGAAGUUAUA